AUGAAGGCAGAAUCGCUCUCAAAGGUCUAUCGACUAUUUGGCGAUCUCCACGACUACAAACAUGCUCCCAUGUCUUCUCUUGUCGGAGCCCUGAUGGAGGUGGGGGCGAUUAUCACCCCGGUGGGGCUUCAUUCCCCAAUUCCAAAAGGUGUCAUUCGUUAUUCGUCUCACAAUAGUGUUGUUGGUUCAAGGCACUAUGAUAUGGUUAUUGCAAAUUCCCUAAUCGCUAGCUCACAGCAACCAUCAUUCCUAGCCAGAGGCAAGUCACUGACUGCCAAGGAACGUCGAGAUUCAGCGUUGGUGGAGAAUGGUCCGAAGGUUCUGGACCCGCCUUCUAGAAGCUCCACGUUCCAGAACAGCGGCGCAGAUAUCGAAGUGCUUGUACAAGACAACGAAGGCGAAAAGGUCACCUAUCAGCAGCAGACUCGGAUCUUGGUCGCUGCAGUCCUUGCGAGCUUUUGCGUCAUCGGGAACGGAGGGAUUCUUGCUCUGUUUGCCAUCGUCUAUUACCCGUUUAUCCCAUUGAUUGGGCGACAUAUCACAUGGGUUUGCUGUUUUGGAACGACCAUAGUAACAUUAGGCCUGUUGACGGCGUCAGCAAGUACAAAUCGAUCCUCCCAGAGUACUUUAGCGAACGUAGCGGGCUCGUACAAGGUGUUAGCGCAGCAGGCAAGUCUCGGUGAUUGCCAAUUCUUUCGUCAAGCUAACGCACAACUAGCCGGCGGACUCGGUGGUGCCGUCCUCCUCGGAGCGGCGAGUAUCAUUGCCCCUCCAGCUCGAAAAUACGAGAGACAUAGUUUCCGGAUUGUGCCACUGAAGACAUUCCGAGACCCAAUCUUCACCAUGUUGAUGGCUGUCAACUUCCUGAAUCCGCUCACUGUUGCUACUUGUUUAGUAUUCGGGCGGAUUUCCGCGAAUCUAUGGGCAGAAGCAGCUCCACGGCCUCGUUGCUGUUAGCCUUAAUCUGUGGGGUUAGAAUUCCAUCCAGGAUACUAGGAGGAUACGUCGCCGACAGAUUCGGACUGUAGAACACUCUCAUAUGUGGAACGGCUAUAU